AUAAAUGAGAAGAAGGAAUAGUCAAGAGUGUGAAAAUCGCAAAAACAUAGCCAAAAACAGAGAGAGAGAGAGAGAGAGAGAGAAAUAGACAUCAAUUAUUGAGAGGUUCUUUGAUCGAGAGCUUCAAUGGCGUCAAGGAAGGGUUUCCUUUCGAAGGUGAGUUCCAUGUUUGCAUCAUCGAGCAGCGAUUUGGAGGCAAAAGCCAUAGAAGGUGGUGACAUGGAAUUGGAUGAAGCUGAGGUGUGGAACUGGAACAGUACCAACACUGUAACAGAGUCGAAGAAGUGGUCACGAUCUGGUAAGAAAGGGUUUAAAAAGGUGGAGGGUGGUGGUGGUGGUGGCCGAGUGAACCCUGUUGCAUCAUCCUCAAUGCCGGUGAAUAUUCCGGAUUGGUCAAAGAUUUUGAAGGAGAACUAUGAGGAGCACGAGAACAGAGAUUCUGCGAGUGGUGAUGAUGACGAUGAUGAUAAUGAUGGUGGCGAACGAGUGCCCCCUCACGAGUAUCUUGCUAGGAACAGAGGAGCUUCUCUCUCUGUGCAUGAAGGAAAAGGGAGAACCCUCAAAGGUAGGGAUUUGCGCAGUGUUAGAAAUGCCAUUUGGAAGAAAAUUGGUUUUGAAGAUUGAUUUUUUUUUUUAAUCUGAUUCCAUUCCACAACUUUUUUUUUUUCAAUUUUAGGAACCUAGCUCUGUUAGAAAGAGUUCGUCUUGUGCUCUUCAUCAACAAUUUUUUCUUUCUUCUUUUUGGACCAUUCUUGUUUGAUAAGUUAUCUAGGAAGAUAUAUAAGUCUCUUUCACUUUGAGUGUCUGAAGGAAGAAUCACUCAUGCUUGUAAUUAACUAUUUUCAACUACCUCAAAAAAAGGUUUGGUUUUGUAUUUAUGAUAUCUGUAGUUUUGUGUCCA